AUGCUCAAGGACGAAGACCACAUCCAGCAGCUGCUAAAAUCAAUGUCUCUCAACGAGAAGAUUGGCCAGAUGGCUCAAGUGGAUAUAAAUCAAUUGUGUGAAGACAAUCCCAAUGAACCAGGGACAAAACGAUUAUCAGAAGAGAAAGUGCGUACAGUCAUUGGCGAACAUGCCACUGGGUCGGUAUUGAACUACAUUCAGAGUGGACGACCCCUCACACCCACAGAAAUGCGCAAGGCAGCAAUCUACAUCCAAGCUGUGGCCAAAAACUACUCUCGACCUCCCGUCAUUUGGGGACUCGACAGUGUACACGGGGCCAAUUACGUUCAUGGCGCAGUCACGACUCCACAGCCCAUUAAUCUUGCCGCUACCUUCAACAAGACGGUAGCAUACGCAGCAGGAAAGCUAUCCGCCAAGGACACACGGGCAGUGGGAAUCAAUUGGUUGUUUGCUCCCUUGAUGGGAAUUGCCAUUGAACCAAAAUGGGCUCGUGUCUACGAAACCUUUGGCGAAGACCCCUUUUUGGUGUCUGAAAUGGGCGCACAGUUCAUUGCUGGCAUUCAAGAAAAAGACACCCAUGCUGGGAAUUCCACUCCCAGCAUUGCGGCAGCCUGCGCCAAACAUUUUGUGGGAUACUCUGCUUCCCACACUGGAAAUGAUCGGGCUCCUUCUUGGAUUCCAACGCGGCACUUGUACCAGUACUUUUUACCUCCUUGGAAAAAAGCCAUUCGAGAGCAAAACGUGCUGACAAUCAUGGAGAGCUACACGGAAGUGGACGGGGUCCCCAAUGUGGCCAAUCCCAAUACACUGCGCUAUCUAUUGCGACAACAGCUGGGGUUCGAUGGUGUGCUGGUCACGGAUUACGCAGAAAUUCGAAAUCUCGACCAAUUUCAUCAUAUCACUAGCAGUCCAGAGCAAUCUGUCGUACAUUCCCUGCGAGAGGGGUCUGUGGACAUGAGCAUGAUCCCGGACAGUGAAGCUCGCUUUAGAGAGAGUGUCAACCAGGGGAUUGCCAACGGAACACUAGUGGAAGACAGAAUAACUCAAAGUGCGGAACGAGUGUUACGCCUCAAAGCAAAACUGAACAUGUUUCACGAGGAAAUAACAAUGGACAACAGCGAGCUAGCAACGAUUGGACAGCCACAAGAUAUCCAAGAUGCCCUGGAUAUGGCAGAACAAUCCAUUGUUCUAGUCAAGAAUGAGCAAAAUACUCUCCCUCUGAACGUGGGUGAAUCACCAUCAAUCUUAUUGACGGGUCCAACCAUCCACUCGCUCGUCUAUCAAUCUGGAGGAUGGACUGGAGAGUGGCAAGGCGUUCCUGUUUGGGACGCUGACAAGUACUUUACGAACGGUUCGACCGUACUGGAUGCCAUGAAGAGCAAAUUUUCUAAUGCCAAGUAUACCUGUGGCGUGGAUAUCCUUGGCCACGAGUGUGAAGAUCCUCUCAAUGAUGAGCCGGAUCCUGGCACAGGAAAUGGAGUCUUGGAUCAGAUGAACGGCGUCUACGGAAAGUUCAAGAAUUGGGCGGGGUUGGGUCCAGAAGAACCGCCAAGCUCCAUGGAGAAGGCUGCGGCUUUGGCCACCACUGCCGAUAUUGUUUUCAUUGGAAUAGGCGAAGAGGCAUAUGCGGAAAAGCCUGGAGAUCUACCAGAUCAUUCCCUGGAUUUACCGGCGGGACAAUAUGAGCUUGUCUCACUUGUGAAGCAGAGCACGAAUGCAAAGGUGGUCGUUGUUUACUUUGGCGGUCGUCCUCGCUUGCUGCGGCAAAUUGUGGAUUUUGCCGACGCAAUUAUUAUCGGUUUUCUUCCUGGCCCAAUGGCGGGUCAGGCGAUCGCAAACAUUGCUUCCGGUGCUGCGAAUCCGAGUGGCAAGCUCCCUAUCACCUAUCCCAUGUACGAGGAUGGAGGCGGAUUGCCGUAUUUCCGCACCAUUUCGGAUAUUUGCACGAAGCAAGACGAUUCCAACCCACUGCCACACUACGAAUUCGCUCCCUGCCCUGUUCAAUGGCCAUUUGGUUUUGGACUGAGCUACACAGUUUUCCAGUAUUCUCUAUUGCCACCAAGCACUAAGCGUCUUCAAUACACUCCAAUUGGAAACUUGAACUCCAGGGAACCACUAAAAGUGUCGGCAAAGGUGAAGAACAAGGGCGCAGUUGCCGGUGCCGAGACUGUUUUCUUCUUCACGUUUGAUGAAAGCAGAUCGACUACCCCAGAAUACAAGCGGUUGAGAGCCUUCGAGAAAGUGUACCUGGAACCUGGCGCUGAAACAACCGUAACCGUAUCCAUUCGGAUCGAAGACCUGAAGUUUGUCGGCCCUCACGACGAUACUCACUUGAUUCUCGAAGAUGGGUUGCGCUUCCGGGUAGGAAUCGGGGCAAUGACUGAUUGUAGGGAAGGUGACAAGGAUUCGGUACUCUGCUCGGAUGUUGUCACCAUUGAUGCCGGUGACGACUACAUUGGAGCCUGUGAAUCAGCUUGCGAGUUGUGGGCGAGCAGUGGUUGUUCGGAACACUUGAGUUUGUCUCACCAAAAGUGCUGGAACCUGUGCACAUCAAUCUCCAAGAAAAAUGCCCAAUACCUUGGAGAGGGAGAGGACGGGUGGGGUUGGAACUAUGUCCAUUGUCUGGAGUCCAUCGUUUGGGGAUUCCAAGAACUGCAAUCUUUCGACAAGAACACACAGUGCGGCAAGAUGACGUCUCUUUGCCGCAACAUCUUCACCACUGAAGGGAACGACUCCUUUGGCCACGGCCCCAACGUUCCAAAGGCAGGAAGCCUGGCACCGGACCGGUCGGCUGUAGUGAUUGCUCUCUGUGCUGGGCUGCUGGCUUCAUUUCUAGUAGUGUACGCACUGCGAGGCGGUUUCUCAAAGCACAGGGGCGGAGGUUCCGUUCAAUUCACAAGAGUUUCAAACGAGGAUGCCCUGACUGCAUAG